CAGACACGCACACUAUUAUUAUUCCACUAAGGAAUCCCCAAAUUCUAGUAUUCCCCAAUUGUGAUUAACCAAAGAAUAUAUCUUGUUUCAUAUUAAAUAAUAUAAAUAAUAAUAUACGAUAAUGAGGAUGAUGUAUAUAUAGUCAAUUGUAAUAAAAAUCAAAAGAAAGUGAAGUUGAAGAAUGGGAGAAGAACAAGGGAAGAAAGUUUUAGAAGAAGAAGGAUGGUUAGCUGCUCGAUCCACCGACAUUGAACUCACCGGAAUUCAGCUCACCACCACUCGUCCACCCUCUUCUUCCGAUCCUUUGUGGAUUCCGGCAGCCAUUCCCGGAACAGUUCUGUCAACCCUUGUAAAGAACAACCGAAUUCCAGAUCCUUUCUAUGGGUUGAAAAAUGAAGCAAUAAUGGACAUUGGUGAUUCUGGGAGGGAGUACUACACAUUCUGGUUUUUCACAACUUUUAAGUGUAAGCCGUCAGGUGAUCAGCAUGUUGACCUCAAUUUUCGGGCAAUUAACUACUCUGCUGAUGUAUACUUGAAUGGACACCAAACCAUCCUGCCGAAGGGAAUGUUUCGCAGGCAUUCAAUUGAUGUGACUAAUAUCUUAAAUCCUGAUGGUGAAAAUCUGCUUGCAGUUCUUGUUUACCCACCUGAUCAUCCUGGUAAAAUUCCCCCACAAGGAGGCCAAGGGGGUGAUCACGAGAUUGGAAAAGAUGUUGCCGCACAAUAUGUUCAGGGGUGGGAUUGGAUGGCUCCGAUCAGGGAUAGGAACACUGGUAUUUGGGAUGAGGUAUCCAUCACUGUUGCUGGGCCUGUAAAAAUUGUAGAUCCUCAUUUGGUUUCAUCGUUCUUUGAUGAUUACAAGAGGGUUUAUUUGCAUACUACCACAGAGUUAGUAAACAGAAGUGCUAAUGCAGCCGAUUGUUCCUUGAAAAUUGAAGUAUCAACCGAACUUGAAGGAAAUACUUUAUUGGUUGAACAUCUUCAGACUAAGCAGUUGUCAAUCCCAGCUAGAUCGCACGUCCAAUAUACAUUUCCUGAGCUUUUUUUCUACAAACCAAGUUUGUGGUGGCCAAAUGGCAUGGGGAAGCAAUCCCUGUAUAAUGUUCAAAUUACCGUUGAUGUUGAUGGUUAUGGAGAGUCUGAUACAUGGAUCAAUCAUUUUGGAUUCCGUAAAAUUCAUAGUGAAAUCGACAGUGCUACUGGUGGAAGGCUGUUUAAAGUCAAUGGAGAGCCUGUUUUUAUUCGUGGUGGAAAUUGGAUUCUAUCUGAUGGUUUACUUAGGCUCUCAAAGAAGCGCUACCAAACAGACAUCAAGUUUCAUGCAGAUAUGAACUUUAACAUGAUACGCUGUUGGGGUGGUGGAUUGGCCGAGAGACCUGAUUUUUAUCACUACUGUGACAUUUAUGGUUUGCUGGUUUGGCAAGAGUUUUGGAUAACCGGAGAUGUUGAUGGGAGAGGUGACCCAGUCUCUAACCCUGAUGGUCCACUAGACCAUGACCUUUUCAUGUAUUGUGCAAGAGACACUGUCAAGCUUCUAAGGAAUCAUCCCAGUCUUGCUUUAUGGGUUGGUGGAAACGAACAAAUACCACCAGAUGACAUCAAUACAGCUUUGACCAAUGAUUUAAGACUUCAUCCAUUUUUCCUAAAAGUCAAUGAAACCAACAAGUUAAAAGAAGAAACAGCUCCGGUUCUAAUGGACCCCAGUCAAUAUCUAGACGGAACACGGGUUUACAUAAAGGGAUCACUGUGGGAAGGAUUUGCAGAUUCGCAGGGUGGCUGGACUGAUGGACCUUAUGAAAUUCAGAAUCCUGAGGACUUUUUUAAAGAUGAUUAUUAUAAAUAUGGGUUUAAUCCUGAAGUUGGUAACGUGGGAAUGCCGGUUGCUGCUACUAUAAGAGCAACAAUGCCUCCUGAGGGAUGGGAGAUUCCUCUAUUUAAUAAGUUACCAAGUGGCUAUGUAGAGGAAGUUCCGAAUCCCAUUUGGACUUACCAUAAGUACAUUCCUUACUCGAAACCAGAUUUGGUACAUGAUCAGAUACUACUCUAUGGUAAACCAAAGGAUCUUGAUGAUUUUUGUCUCAAGGCUCAGUUGGUGAAUUAUAUUCAGUAUAGAGCGUUAUUAGAGGGAUAUACUUCUCGCAUGUGGACUAAACACACUGGUCUUCUGAUAUGGAAAACUCAGAAUCCUUGGACGGGUCUUCGAGGCCAAUUUUAUGAUCAUCUUCAUGACCAAACUGCAGGUUUCUAUGGUUGUCGCCAUGCUGCAGAACCGGUACACGUCCAGUUAAAUCUGCUAACUUAUUUCAUAGAGGUGGUCAACACUACAUCCAUUGAACUUUCUGAUGUGGCUAUUGAGGUGUCUGUGUGGGAUCUUGAAGGAAAUUGUCCUUACUACAAAGUUUCGGAUACGCUCUCUGUGUCAUCAAAGAAAACAGUACCAAUAUUUGAGAUGAAGUACCCCAAGUCUAAAAAUCCUAAGGCUGUCUACUUUCUGCUUCUCAAGCUCUAUAACAUAUCAGAUUCUAAGAUAAUAUCAAGAAAUUUUUACUGGCUACAUUUACCUGGUGGUGAUUAUAAACUAUUGGAACCGUACAGGAAUAAGAAAAUACACCUCAAAAUGACUUCUGACAUUUUUAUUAGCGGGUCAACAUACAAAGUUCGUGUGCAGUUAAAAAACAAAUCAAAGAAACCAGAUACCAGAAGUUUACUCUACAAGAACUUCACGGAAAGAAAUCAUGAUGGUGAUUUUGAUUUGACAUCAUCAGAUACCAAAAAGGAGAAUGGUUUACUACAAAAGUUCUACAGUCGAUUUUCAAGAGAAGAUAGCGAUGUUAGAGUGUCUGAAAUUAAUGGUACCGAUGUUGGUGUUGCUUUCUUUCUUGCUUUCUCAGUUCAUGCUUCUAAUAAGGAUCAUAAAAAAGGUGACGACACUAGAAUUCUUCCAGUUCAUUAUUCAGACAAUUAUUUUUCAUUGGUUCCUGGUGAAAAGAUGACAGUCACGAUUUCUUUUGAAGUACCUAAAGGCAUCACCCCACGAGUUACGCUUCAUGGCUGGAAUUAUGAUAGUGCCCAUACUGUUCAUGAAGUCAAGUAGCAUAUAUCCGAGUCAGGGUGAUACUGGAAAAUACGCAUAUUUUUGCUCGCUUUGCGUAUUUGCCCACGUUUGUAAUGUGGUGAGACGUAUCGUGAUACUAAUAUUGGAUUAUUCUUCUUGUGUCAUUAAUACCAGAUUAAUUCAUAAAUCUUUAACUUUAAA